GUCAACUAAAAAUGUUAAAAAAAAAAGUCAAGAUUUGCUUGAUGAUUCUUUAACAAUUGAUAUUGAAGACACCAAUAUUGACUUUUACUUUGAGGAAAAAUUUGAUGAAAAGCCUUUACAGUUUCAUAUAAAAGCAGAGAAUAUAGAUAUGGAAGAUAGACUAACAAUAAAAAAUCUUUUUAAUAUUCAAAUAUAUAAACAAAAUCAAGAGAAAACAAUUAAAAGAA